AUGCCUCAAGCUAAAAUCGGAGAUACCCUGCUUGCAGAUAGCGACCAGACCAUCGUCGUAGAAGGUAACCACUAUUUCCCACCCGACUCGCUCAACAAAGCAUACUUCAAAGAAUCAGAUACCCAUACCACAUGUCCGUGGAAAGGUGUCGCAUCGUAUUAUCAUGUUGAGGUGGAUGGCAAGACAAUCUCGGAUGCAGCUUGGUACUAUCCUGAGACUAAAGAAAAGGCCAACAAUAUCCAAAGUUAUGUCGCAUUCUACAAGACCAAAGUUGCAAUCUCCUAA